AUGGAUCACUUCAAUUCUGCCAGCAGCACUCCCGAACCCCUAUCUUCGUCGUCUUCCGUAUCAUCUGCAGCUAUGUCAGGUCCAACCUCCUCCAGCCCUGGCCGGAACUUUCCCAACCAGAACGGUGGGCCUACCGGUGAUUGUCACUAUGUAAGCAGUAGAGUCGCUACUGAUUGUGAUCAUGACCACUCGGACUCGGACUCUGGCAUUGACCUGGACCUUUCCAACCGAAAUGGUAACCUUGAUACCCCUCACCGUCACCGCCAACACCAAGAGCUAGUUGAUAACAGCGACAUGGUCUCAACAGACGAGAUGCGACUGCGGGAAGAGAUCAUGGCGAGAAUCAGCCCCAGGGCCACUAUGAUGAGCAGGACUCCACCAACCCUGCCUGGGGUUCCUGUUUGGGACGAGCCCGUUGCCCAUCAGAUCCGUCGAGUUCAGUCCGCACACAUGGCCGAGCUCCAUCGCCAAUGGGAAGACCAGCAGCAGCAACGGAGGCAGGCUCAGGUUCAGGAGCAACAACAACAGCCAUUGCACCAGCAUCUGAGACACAACUCGUAUCCUCCAAUCCAGCGGUCGGUAUCGAUGUCGCGGUAUGUCCCAGUCGCCAUGGAGAGGACUCCUCCCACCCCCAUGCACAGAUCGACGGCGUCGUUUAAUACUGCUGCCACGGAAGCACAGCUAUGGGCCGAUGAGGAGAUGCACCUGCGGACGCUGGCUCGAGGAUCCAACUCGCUGUACCUGAACUACGAGGGCGGUAUCCUGCGAUCGGAGGAGCAGUGGCGUCGCGGUGAGGACGAUAUGGUUGGACGAUGA